AUGUACAGCUUGCAGGGACUCUUGAAUCCCCGCGAAGAGGGCGCACGAGAAGUCAGGGAGGCUUCACCACUUGAAACCUCUAGACUUGAGCCAUCGACCGUUGUAGACGCACCUCUGAAACCGUCGAAGCCAUCCCAGCCCCGCUAUUAUGCUCACUAUAUCUCGUGGACUGGAUUGCACGAGCCGCAUCCAGGAUGUCCCAACUCGCUCAGCUGCCUUGUUGACAACCUUGAUACCGCGCCUACUGAUCAGAUUGAGACGCUCGUGCGAUGCGCUAUUCUUGGCAGUGGCGACGAAGGGCACUUGAGUAUCGACGAGAUAGAAGCCGCCUUGAAGGGCAAAUAUCCCUUCUACAAGAGCGAGGAUCGUGAAGAUGACCUCAAAUAUUCCAUCACUUACCUGUUGGCAACCAGUCCGGCCUUUGUACGUCAUAUCAACAAUGGCCAGAUAUCGUGGGGUGUCACGGAUGUUCACGCUCACAACGAGCGACCGGCUCUAGCGAUACAUUCGCCGCCACAGAGUGCACGCGCGUACGCAAAGUCCCCGUCGAUUGGCGCCCCACCUUCGUCAGCAACUUCCUCGUAUGCAUCCAGCAGACCUACAUACUCUGAAGAGAGUCUCGACAGUCCCAGAUCUGACACUACGCCGUUCGGUGCAUUGGCAUCCGACCUCGACGUCGUACAACCUCCACUCUCACCCCCGCGCGUCUCCAAUAGCGGCCCUCCUGGGGCGUAUAUAGGGGCGCCGCUCCUACAUGUCGAUGAUCAUGGGCAACAUCCACCUCAUCCUGAUUGCCCUAGUGCUCUCAGUUGUCUUCAGGAUACCAAUGACAAACCGAGUUACACCCUGCCGAUUAUCAUCCGGGCGGCGAUUCUUGGGAGUGCAUCGGGACGGCUCACGAUCACGGACAUCUACGGGGUCAUCAUCAGGAAAUACCCACACUUUGCGACUCUGCCGCCAGACGACUCAUGGAAGCAAUCUGUCAGGCAUCACUUAUCGCUCAGCAAUCGUUUCGUGAAGGUGGUGCGCCGAGCGAAUGAACCCGGGCGCGGCGCGUACUGGACGGUUGAUUUGGAAGCUCCGCCUGGUACGAAGCGCCCGCGGAAGCGAAGUCGGAAAGAACAAGAUGGUCCACCGCGACCGCGCGGGCGCCCGCGCACCGUGUACGAUCAUCCCGUGGGAUACGACCCGGACUAUGACAAACCAAUCCCGUUGCCGGCUCUUGCGCCGCCACCGAAUGUGUCACGCAACGACUGGGAGAUGGAUGAAGACGGUUCGUAUGACGAGGACGAGGAUGAUAGAGGCAAUGCGCAGACGGGUCCGCUGCAUGCGGCGCGAGCAGGGUAUAUGCCACCAGCAACUCCUCGCUUGUAUCCUGUACAUUGGGCGUACGCGAAGGGCACGCAUGGACGGGUGACAACCUAUGGCUUCGGUGGCGGGUGGAAUGGCCGGUGGAAUAGUAGCUACAUUACGCAACUGUACAUACACAUGUAA